AUGAACGAGAAGGCGUCCGUCCCCCCGGACCGACCGAGGCUGCGCUUGUCGACCCCCAUCGUGUGGGGGCCUCAGAGGUUUUGGCAGCUGGGAGUCUCCCUCCCCCUGCACACCUGGACACUCCCUGUGUGGGAGUGGAGGGGCUCCCAAAGGACCCCGUCCGUCUUGAGGAGUGAGGGUGGGCUGAGCUGCAGGAAGUGCUGUGGACAGGCCCUGGGGCCCAGCUGGUCACUGUCCCUUCUUUCUGUAGGGGCUGAGGAUGCUCUGGAAAGCAGCCUGAGAGCCCACAGCGGCCGUGCCACCAAGCGCACGCCUCAGAAGCCACCUCUGCCCAUUCGGAGGAAGAGAAGCAUCGAGGAAGCUGUCCCUGCCGUCUGCAAGACCAGGACGGUCAUUUAUGAGAUACCUCGGAGCCAGGUGGACCCCACGUCUGCCAACUUUCUGAUCUGGCCUCCCUGUGUGGAGGUCAAGCGCUGCACGGGCUGCUGUAACACCAGCAGCGUCAAGUGCCAGCCCUCCCGCGUGCAUCACCGGAGUGUCAAGGUGGCCAAGGUAGAGUACGUCAGGAAGAAGCCAAAGUUAAAAGAAGUGCAGGUGAGGCUGGAGGAGCACCUGGAGUGCACGUGCACGACCGCCAGCCUGAAUCCUGACUACCGGGAGGAGGAGACGGGGAGGCGUAGGGAGUCAGGUAAAAAGCGGAAAAGAAAAAGGUUAAAACCCACCUAACGAGCCAACCAGAUGUGAGGUGAGGCUAAGCUAGCGGCCCUUUCCCGGGACUCGGAUGUACAUGGCGUGUGACAUUCCUGAACCUACUUGUACGGUGCUUACCACCCGCGUACGGUCUUUGUUCUCCUCCGUGAAAAACUGUCUCCCCGUGCACCCUGGAGAACAAAGAGACAGUGUACGUUUGUUUAAUGUGACAUCAAAGCAAGUAUUGUAGCACUCGGUGAAACAAAACGGAGCUUCCUUGUCAAAAAGAGAGCAAGCAAACGGCCACGCACCACGGCGACAGCGCUGACUCACGACGUACCUUCGGAGGGGCACCCACGGGGCAGUGACCCACGCGCCAGCGCACGGGACCUCUGUCCAGGCGGUCACAGGUGCUUUUGCCGAGGACACGGAGCCUGCUUUUCCUGGAAGCCUGAGCAAUGUGGGCGGGCUCUGCGGGGCGCAGGGCCCCAGCACCGCGGACGCCACCACGGGACUUAGAAAGCACGUCUCCUUGCUGUAGUGUUUAAGUCUAUACAGAAACCUUCUGAGAGCCUUAAGUGGGUUUUUUUUUUACACCAUAAAGUGAUUAUUAAGCUUUCCUUUUUACUCUAUGCCUAGCUUUUUUUUUUUUUUUUUUUUAAUUAUCUCUUGGAUGACAUUUACACCGAUAACACCAGGCUGCUGUAACAGGACAGUGGGACGGUAUUUCUCCUAGCAGGAUGCGAACAAAUGAGAUGUAUUAAAAUAAACAUGGUAUACCUACCUAUGCAUCAUUUCCUAAAUGUUUCUGGCUUUACAUGUUUCUCCUUGCCCCGUUUCAUUUUACUUUUUAGCUUAAGCCAUUUCGAGAGAACUGUGCGUGAACCAAUCAAUCGGAUGCCAUCCCCAACCCCGGACCCCUGUCCCCGGCCCCCAGAGCUCCCUCUGGCUGCCGUCCCACGAGGCCCGUGAGGCUGUUCCUGCCACAGGGUUUGGACGGAACCUAAGUUCUUUAUUUUUGGUAAGGUGUUAUGCUUCACGUGUACUCAACAGAAAUGUGUGUGUGUUUUGUUUUUGUUUUGUAAAGGUGAAGUUUGUAUUUUUAUCUAAUAUUACCAGUUUUAUAUA